GGCCUCAACAAUACAACAACAUAUCUUCCUCACCAAUAUCAUCAUUUCGUACUGAUUACCUCGACCGACACAAGAAGAAGAAUAUAUUGAUAGGCUUUAUAAUACUUUAUCAUCUGGAAAAUCAUCAUCUUACAAUUUGAAUUUGUACAAUACACACUUCUUUAAUAACAACACAUUAAACUCUAUACAAAAUGUCUAUGCACUUGAAACACGAGAUUAUCAGCAAUCACGAAGCUGAAAGAGCAACAACUAAUAUUGUUUCUUUUAGAUUAGACUUUUUACAUACUGGUACGAUAGGAGGUUUACCUGUUUCGGAUCAACCUGGUAACUUUAAUAAUCCUAUUGAUGUAAAAAUUAGCUUUGAACAUCACACAAUAUUUGUAAGCGAUAAUGGAAAUCAAAGAAUUCAAGCUUUUGAUUUGUUUUCACAAGAAUUUAAAUAUACAAUUGACACUCCCGAUAAGCCAUUGUAUAUGGCUGUUGAUCACAAGGAUGAUUCCCUCAUUGUCACUUGUGAAAAUAGUUGUGUAUAUAAGUAUAGUUUGUGUAAUGAUCACAAUUUACUUUGGUCUUUGGAAUCAAAAGAACUCUUAUCAAAACCACAAGGUAUUGCUGUUGAUGAUACAAAUGGCAACAUUUUUGUGAGUGACAGUAAGGUUGUUCUUGUAUCCCGUCAAGGUAAAUUCAUUAGACACAUAGGAGGUGAAGGUAAAGGCCCAAUGCAAUUCCACGCACCAAAUGGUAUUGGUAUUUCAAAUAGAGACAAUUUCUUAAUUGUGACCGAUAUGAAAAACAAUAGAGUUCAGAUCAUGUCAAAGAAUGGUGACGAUUUUAUUUACAUGUUCGGUAAGAAGGGUAUUUCUAAUUCUGAUUUCUUAUAUCCAACAGGAUUAACUGUUGACAAGCCAACAGGGAAUAUCAUUGUUUGUGACAGCAGUAAUAAUCGCAUUCAGGUUUUCUCACCAAGAGGUGAAUUUAUCAAAUCAUUUGGAAGUAAGGGAAAUGGACCUCUCGAACUCGUCAAUCCAACAGGACUCACCAUCAAUAUUAGAACUGGUGAAUUAUAUGUUGUGGAUAAUAAGAAUAAUAGAAUUCAAAUUUACAAAUAAAUUAUCAAAUCUCAAACUCU